AUGACCCCUCAGACUCGCUCGCCUUCGCCUCGUUCUCGUUCGUCGUCUAGAACCCACUCUACUCGCCCAUUCAACCGGAGUUCGACUACGUUGGAGGAUCUCCACCGAUUUCCUUGCGAGUCGUUACAUUCCUUUUCUUUUGCACAGCAAUCCGAUGAUCUACUCCUUAGCCGCCAGAACACCUUGAGAAGAUCUAUAGACUUCAUGCGCGACCGCUUCGGAUGGGGUAACAGCUACCCCGGGAUCAUCAAUGCGCAGGCUCGCAACGGUGGCGAUGUGGAUGUACAAAGCAUGGCGGACCUUAUGUCGAAAUCCAGCGUUUUUGAGCGGGAUGAUCGAUCCCACUUUGCCGCCAUGACCCGAGGACCGUUGACCGGACCCGCGGACGUGGAAAGCAACAACAUCUUCGAAAAAGCGUUCACCGAUCACCAAUCACCUGUCUCCGAGGCCCUGGAAGAUCUCCCGGAGGAUUUGCCCGAUCACCCAUACCCCCUAAGUCCCGUGCCUAACGAUCAAAUACCGCAUCAAAAGAGGACGGUGAAGUCCUCCCCAUCGCCCAGGCGCGUAAGCUUAAAACGUACAUACACGGAUGUCGGCGGUACAUCUCUUCAGAACAAACUGAUGGAGACUCUGACGCAGCCAUAUAACACCACUGACUCUUUCUCCACAACCUCCUCGACUCUUGGUUUGGGGGUUCCAGCCCCGGCCUUGCAUACCCACAGCAGCAAAUGGAAUCCAGUCUCGCAGGCCGUCUUUAGGACAGACUCACAGGCGCCAUGGACCAUACUGGCAGCGAAUGACUUGUCGUGUCUUAUAUUUGGUGUCACACAAUCGGAAGUGCGGAGGUUAAGUAUCCUAGAAGUUGUACAAAAAGAUCACAGGCAGUGGCUUGAGUCCAAGUUGCAGGAUCCCCGCACUGAUGCUGCAGCAAAGAUUCAUUCCCAGCCUGAUAAAUCCUGUAUUAGGCCGGUAAAUCCGAGGUCCAUGGGCAUGGGGAAUGGCGUCACGGCUCAGUUGCUCAGUAAACCGUCUUCUCGGGAAAGAGCUCCGAAGAGAUCCCAGACUGACGAUGGAUAUGGCUCAAGUACUCGAACCACAAGGAAUCCAAAUCACCCGGCGACGAAAUCACGCGGUGUUCUGCUCUGCGGUGACGUCGUACCGAUCCGCAAACGCAAUGGAUCUAAAGGAUCUGCCAGCAUCUGGGUCAUGGAAAAGCGUGGUGGCUUGAUCUGGGUGCUCGAAGAGGUCUCGGAGAAUGUCGCUCAUGUCCGUUGUGACAGCUCAUGGAAUGUUACCGAUGCCCGUGGAGACACUGACAAAAUUUGGGGCCAGGAAGUGGUCAAGCCUGGCGGGCGGAUCACGGAGCUGCUCCCCCGCCUCCCUAAAGAAUGCUUGGAAGAUCCAUUAGAUAAGGGUUUGGCCAAAAUAUCCCGGAUGAAAUACUUUACUAGCCGCACCUCUGCUGGAAUAUGUAUACCUGUGAUUGUCGGCAAGGAAGAAGACCCAGGCUGUCUCCGAGUAUCCAGCUUUCCUCAUGUUGCUGGUAUGAUGGUGCUGUCUUCAUCCACAAUGAAGGUGAUUAGCUCUAACUCGGCAUUCUCAUCGGUAUUGUUUGGCCAGGACCGGCCUGAAGGCUUGCAUAUCACGAAGCUUAUACCGGGAUUUGAUGUCCUUCUAAAUGUGCUUACCGAGGAGGAUAAGGUUCCUCUGGAAGAUGGAAUGGUGAUUCCCGAACACAGCUUUCGCAGGGCACGAACUCUUUCGAUCCUGCGUGAAGGAAAAGACAGUGUAGCAGCAGUGUUUCAGGAACCAACCGGCCUUACCGCCAAUCACCGUGACGGUUCGAACAUCGCGGUAGACGUGCAAUUGCGAGUGGUAAAGAGUGGAACCAUCUUCCCCAAGGGUCAAGCUGAAGAUAUUGGACUCCGCGGCGAGCCCCACGACGAUGAAGAGGAAACGGUUGCUGUGACGGAACUGGUUUAUGCAUUAUGGAUUACAUACUCGAGGCAGAUUCACUCCACAGACCCAGCGAUGAGCUUUACCUCGCCCCCUCCAGAGUCAACUAAGGAAACAGCUCCCGAAACCGCCCCAUUGUCCAGCCCGACGGCGGCUCGCAAACCCGAGCCUUCUAGUGCAGAACGUACUUCGGUGGAGACGAAACUACCAUCCUCGACUCUGAGCCAACAACUGAACGAAGCUGCUUCCGAGCCACUGACAGAUAAGCCCGUCCAGGCCGUGCCCGAAGUGAAGCCUGCCAAUGCGAAGAAAGAGACUCCACAGAAAAGAACGAUCGCCGACUACGUUAUUCUUGAGGAGAUGGGACAAGGAGCAUACGGCGAAGUCAAACUCGUCCGACUCAAGAACAACCCAUCCAAGAAGGUCGUUUUGAAAUAUGUGACGAAGAAGAGGAUUCUUGUGGAUACCUGGACUCGCGACCGUCGUUUGGGUACCGUGCCAUUGGAAAUCCAUGUGCUAGAUUACCUACGACGUGAUGGCUUCAAGCACCCAAAUAUUGUGGAAAUGGAGGGAUUUUUCGAGGACGACGUCAAUUAUUACAUUGAAAUGAUGCCGCACGGUCUUCCCGGAAUGGACCUCUUUGACUACAUUGAGCUGAAGGCGAACAUGGAUGAGGCGGAAUGCAGAACCAUCUUCAGACAGGUUGUGGAUGCCAUCCAUCAUCUUCAUACCAAGGCGCUGGUUGUACACCGCGAUAUCAAGGAUGAGAACGUCAUUCUGGACGGCGAAGGCAACAUCAAACUGAUUGAUUUCGGGAGUGCUGCUUACAUCAAGAACGGGCCGUUUGAUGUUUUUGUGGGAACAAUUGACUACGCAGCACCCGAAGUCCUUCAAGGAAAGUCUUACAGAGGCAAGGAGCAGGAUAUCUGGGCUCUUGGAAUUCUUCUCUACACGAUCGUCUACAAAGAGAACCCGUUCUACAAUGUCGAUGAGAUCCUGGACCACCCGCUCCGGGUACCGUUCUUACCGUUCUCCGAGGACUGCAUCGAUCUGAUCAGGAAGAUGCUUGAUCGCGACGUCGACAAUCGCUUGACAAUCACAGAAGUGAUGGAACACCCAUGGAUGACAGACAGCUGA